AUGUCCGUAUCAGCUUAUCUCGCAGCUUUCGGCAAGGCAUCGCCAGCGACGUACGCCCUCGGCACCGGACUUCUCGUCACAUCAUCACUUUUCUUUGGGAAUAUCGGGCUGUCUCUCACUGGGCCUCUUCCCAUCAUCAGGGAUCAGCUUGGCGCGUGCACUUUGAGCUCAAAGCAGAAGAUCAAAGUAUGGAGGCUAUUCUUCGACGAAGCGUCUAGAUACAUCAUCGGCGGCACCGGCGUGACAGCGACGCUUCACCUGGCCGCCUUCGCACUGGGAGAAUCGCCCGUAUCCCGCAGGCUCGCCGUCAUGUCGGCGCUCUGCAGCAUCUGUAUCCUGCCGUAUACUCUCAUCGUCAUCAUGCCCACCAACAACAGCCUCAUCGCCCUGGACGACAAGGUGGCCCUAUCGGAACUGGACAGGAAAAAGGUCGGCUGGCUGAUUGAGAAGUGGGACCGGCUGCACAAGGUCCGCUUCCUGAUGUACGGAUGUGCGUGGGCUUUGGGUCUUGCUGCGUUUACGUCUUCUUUGUGA